AUAGUCAUAUUUGGGACGUGGCAUUGCCUUGGGGAAGACCUUCACCAGUUCACAGGUAACAAACUGUUUUGGGCUUAACAAUGACUUAUUGUAGCAGCAAGGAAAGAAUGUGACGGAAGGAGCUGCUGUGGGGUGUGGCCAGGCAACAGCAGCCAGCCCUCUACCUGCUCAGGUGGUUUAGCUUUAAAGCAGCUGAAAAGAGAGUUCCUCAGACUAACACCUGCUGGAGCUCUGUGUGCUGGGUGGUAACUGAGGAAACUGGAAAUAUGUUUUUCUAAGCGGAGGAGCUAAGAAACACUAAGGAAAGCAGAAAUAAGGAUGAAGAAGCAUAAUUCAGUCCAGGGAACCUUUAGCCGACUCUUUGGGAAAAAGCAUGCCAGCAACAAUUCUACAAGUUCUCUCUUUGCCACCAACCCUCCUUGGAUCUUCACGCAAGAGGUCAACUCUGACAGCCUGAAAACCUCAGGUGAAGUGGAUGGCAUUUAUUAUGGCGGUAAUCGCUUUGGGUCAAUGACAGAUUCUGGAACAGCCACACUUAAACCACGUCCAAGAGUCCGCCCUCUGCUCACUUUCUUGCCUCUAGAUGCUCAAGAAACACAUGGGGUAGCUGUACCAACCCCAUCUGUUCCAGAAAGUUUUGAGGACAAGCUACCUGCAGGUUCACAAAUUAAUGGCAAUUAUAGAAAGUACAAUUCAGUAAUUGACCUGAGGACAAAGGCAUUUGGGGAGGAUUAUUUGGAUGAUGAUUGCAUUCCACCACCACCUUCAAUUCCUCCUCCUUCACCACCACCACUUUCAGUUGACUUACCACCAGUUUUAUCUUCUGUGGUAGUUCCACCUCCACCUUCUAUGGUAGCUCCACCUCCACCACCAAUGACUCCCCCACCUCCACCACCAAUGACUCCUCCACCUCCACCUCCAUCAGCAUUGCCAGCUCCAUGGCUUUCAUCAAUGGCUGCACCUUCAUUUCCAUAUUCCGAUGUCUGUUCUCCCAGUACUCCAACCCCACCAGACUUCAUUCCUCCUCCUCCCCCUCCUCCUCCUCCUCCUGAUUUUAUGGAUUCUGCAAUUUCUUCUAUUCCUCCAAUUUCACUACCAGUUCAUACACAACUCUUCUCAAAUGGUGUGUCCAAAUGGAAAUCAGAGACUGUUCUAAAUAUUCAUAAACCUUCUCUCAAUUCUCCAGCAACACCUAUUCACAAGGAGUUACCACAGUUACCACAGUCCAGCCCAGAGCCUCAUCUCACUUUUCCCAAAUCAUUAAAAGUACCCCCUCCUACUCCCAUGAGAAUAUCAUCUAUUUUCUCAGGAGAAAAAGACUCCAGCCCCAAAGAACAUUUUCCUAGAAUGACAUCUGACAGUCACAGUCCUCUGUUACCUACUGUACAAUGUGCUACCAUAGAUCACUCAGAGGCAGAAGCUAGAGCCAAAACCAAUAUGGGAAAUCAUUCUGCUUUGGUCACAGAAUCUAAAACAUCAGAUUCCAAAAUCUGCCCACUGAAGAAAAAACAGAAUUUAUCCUGGUCCACUGAAGAAAGAACAGAAUUUUCAUCUCCAGGUUAUGCAUCGUCUGAUGAUGAUAUCUGGAACGAACGUUGCAAUUUAGAUAAGUUGAAGAAUGAACUGUCAACCCUGCUGUCCUCAACCUGCAGAAAGGAAGACCGACCAACUGAAAAAAUUACAUUUUCCAAAUCUAAAGGUACAGAUAUUGAUAGCAACAAUGUUACUACAGAUGAAUUAAAACUAGUUAAGCAUAAUGUGAAAAAAACACACUUACCACAAAGAGCAGAGAAUGAAAAGAAAGAAAAGAAAUGUGCCAAUAAUUCUCCAACCAAAUCUUUCACCAAAGAUGCUUUCUCAACUGCAGACAAAUUUCCGACCACUCAAGGAAAUUGUGCUAUGAAACUGAAAGAGGAGUUGGAAGCUUUAUUGUCUCCAGUCAAGGAAGGAGGCCCACCUUUUGCAAUUGCAAACCUGAGACAUAAUCCAGAAACAAGGAAACAAGUUACUCUUCAGUUUUCUGGCAAUAAGGUCAAUAAUGGUGAGUUGAAAUUUCCAACAACAAAAUUGGAAGGUACAGAAAAAGAAUCAAUGAUGCCUAGUCCUUCUGUCCACACAUGCAAGCCACCAGUUUCAUCUUUAAAAUCCCAAAGUGAACAUUUGGCUCCAGCUACAUCUUCCUCUUCUAAUUCUGAGACUACAUUACCCACACAAACUGCUUCUCCCAGCAAGGAUCUCUCUCUGAAAUAUAAGACUCAUAGGUCGAAAUCGGACUCUGUUGACAGCCUUGUCUUUGCAACUUCUUCCCAAGCUAUACGUGAUGGACUCAGCAGUUCAUGUAUUAAUGAAAAUCAAAGAGAUUUUACUGGGAACAUGCCCUCAACAACAGCCAAGCUAUCUAGGAAUGCAGAGCCACUGAGCAGUGAUGUUCUGUUUCAUCCUGUUACAGGAGAAAAAGUAGAAAAGGGGUCUCCAAUGGCUCUUCUUCUGGCUGCACAACUGCGGGCCAAUAGAGGCAAGUGUUCUGCUUCUGCCUCUCAAAAUAAUAGUUCUUUAUUGGAGAAACCUCAGCUCAAGUUGAACAAUAGUAGCCAAUCAGAGAAUGGGUUAUCUACCAUUUAUUAUAGCAAUUCAAAGCCCAAUACUAUUAAGGUUGUCCCAAAGUCCCCACACAAGGACUUAUUGGCAGAAUCUGAAAGUAAGCAGCGUAAUGAAUCAAGUGCAUCCAACAACAAUAUCAGGAGUUUGUCAGGACAAAGUGAAAAUAUGCCACAAAUAUCCUCCAAUGUUACCGAACAAUGCAGGAGUACACUGAAAUUUAGAGAGACAAACGACUCUCAAAGUCUUUCAUCUAAUAAGUGUGAUUCUUCUAUUUUGCUUCAAAACUCAAACUCCAGUCAUUUGAAGCAGCAAGAUCCACUGAACAGAUCUGAAAUUCCUUUUCAUUUUUUUCCUCCACCCCAAAACCAUACAGUUAAAAAUGAUGAGGUGGAAGAAGGAUUCAAUUAUGAAAUAAUUCCUCCACCACCAGAGUUCAGCAAUGAUACCUCUGAAAUCCCAAAGUUUUCUUCAGAUACUCAGAUCUCAGAUAUGCAACUUAACUUCAACAACUCAAGCUAUAACUAUGGCAACAGUUAUUCUCUGACAUCAGCAGUCCAAAGGCCAAGUGACUAUAGUCACCAUUAUCCAGGUGACAGCUAUACCUCCAAUUACCUUAGUAGCUGUUCCAAUAGCCGCCCCCUAAUUAAAAAACGCCUUUAUCUAUCAGAGACUGAUGACUUAUAUAGUAGGACAGCUAUGUCUGCCCGCAAUAUGAGCAUACCUAACUCCUAUGGCUACAACUCUUCAGCUGUGGAAGGGAUUCAUCGAGCAAAUUAUUCUCACAGAAAUAUUCCCAAUAGUACACAGGGCCGAAGGGUAUCCUUGGAAAUACCUGGAAAAAUUAUAACUUACAAUACUUCUGUCAAUGAUGUCCAGUAUAAAAGCCAAAAUGGAGACUAUUCCACUAAUGCAAUCGCCUCUGGCAGGUCUUGCCACGUUAGUCCACAAUAUGGAACUCUAAAUACAUUUACUGUUAGGCCUGGAACAAGACAACCCAUUUCUUACUCCUACCAAGGCCUUCAUUAAGACCUUUCUGUCAGAAGCUCUGCAUCUGCACACAGCUUGGGCCAAGAUUGUUAUUACUCAAUCUGGACCUCAUUCUUUUUUCUGUAUUAUAACUCAUCUUUGUAUAGCUCUGUAGGGCCUGUAUCUUUUUGUAAACAUUAGUUUUAAGUUAUUCAGACAGUGUUAUAAAUGAGUCUUAUGAAGCUCUCUUGCUAACAAGCUUAUUUUGCAUUAUGUAAGAGUAGCUAUGUAUGUGUCUUCAUUCUAGGGCACAUUUGACUAAUAGCUGUCUGCUUUGAAUAGAAGAAUAUAGAGUAAAUUUUACCUUACUAGCACCAUUUUUAUGAACAUGCAUUGGUCAUUCAGGAAAAGCAAGCAAAGAAGGAAGGCUGCAACAGAAAGGCAAAGCAGAGAAUCCAAGAUCCAAGAUGAAGAAAGCAGUUCAACAACCCAUUUAUGGCUACUCUAGAUCAGCCAUGCAUGGCCUAGAAAGCUGGCUGUUAGCUAGAAGAAAAUGACACAUUUAUGGAAAAGGAAAGGAAGCGUUCAGAUGAAAAAAGGAUGAGCAAGAGAGAAGGAUUAGAAGUUUGUGAUACUUGUAAUUUCAAUAGUGCUACCACCAAAGAAAAUUGACAGGAGCUUUUCUUAGCAGGGCAUCUCUAACUUUUUGUUUACCAUAUCAUUGUUAGAAUCCAUAACAGAAAAAAAAAAUAUAAGAAACCCAGGGGCCCCUUGUCAAAUAUUCUUAUAUCUUGCAAAAUAUUUGAGACUGAACUUCUUCAAAAUUAUCUUUUUUUAGACAAUCAUUUAGGUUUUCAAUCUACAACUACGGAUAAAAAUGAUAGCCAUUCUAAAGACACAAAUAUAAUUCUUGCAGUCCCCUUUAAAAACACACAGCUGAAUUUAAUUUGGGAAGCAUUUUUAGUUAAAAACUGUAUAAGAUUUAAAUGAACCAAACAACAUAUCUCUACAAGGCUAACCUGGCAAUUCGUCACCAUUGUUGCAUUGUUAUAGUUUUCAAGAAUGCAAUCAUUCUGUCUACAGCUUUGUUUUUCUUGUGGUUUCUUAUUUUGGUUUAGGAGUUAAAAAACAUUUAAUGGAUAUGAAAGGUGUUUAAUAGAACAGAUGCUGGCAUCUAUACAAAUUAACCCCAAUUACAUCUCUGUACUUGAAGGAAAAGCAGCGCAUGCUUAAAGGUCACCUCUGAAAAUGUCAACUAUAUCUGUUUGGAGGUAAAUCUUAUUCAAUGGGAUUUACUUUUAAAUGCCUAGAGGAAAACAGCUCUAAUCCAUUUUGGCUUGUACUGGUUAUACAUGAUAGUUACAGGUAGUCUUUGAAUUACAACCAUUUGUUUAGCAAUUAUUCAAAAUUAUAGCACUGAAAAAGUGAUUUACGAAUGGUCCUCACACUUAUGACUGUUGCAGCAUCCCUGUGGUCAUGCAAUCAAAAUUCAUAUGCUUGACCUCUGGCAUGCAUUUGCAAUGUUUGCAGGUCAUGUGAUUGACAUUUGCAACCUCCCCAGCUGGCUUCUGACAAGCAAAUCAAUGGGGAAAGCCGAUUUGCUUAAUGGUCACAUGGUUCAACUUAACAACUUCAAUAAUUCACUUAACAACCAUGGCAAAAAGGUCAUAAAAUUUGGCACAGCUCACUUAACAGCCACUUUGCUUAACCAUAGAAAUACUGGUUCCAGUUGUGGUUUCAAUUAAUGGAUUACCUGUAAUCCAAUAGUCUAUGGAUUUAGUUCUAGUUUUUAGAACUGUGAGGGAAAAUGAUUGCCUCAAUUUAUUUCUGUAGAUUUUGCAAAGAAGCAAGAAUAUAGCCAUUAUUUUUAUAUACCCAAUAGAUAACUUACCUUAAAUUAUAAAGCAUGUAUGUUCAUGUUGAUUUUGUCUGGCAGCAGAUUCAUUUUUAGAUAAAUAUUUUGGCAGAAUUAUAGUGUAGUUCAAGUUCAGUUUAAGUCACUUAUUUAGGGAGAUGGUUAUCUGUCCCCUAGGGAUGCUUCCCAUGUAAAACUAUCAAAUGUUUCCAAACAUUUAAGUAAAAAAUGGUUUAAACAGGUGUAGUUUGCAAGCCAUCUUCUAUAUUGUGUUUAUUCACUCUAUUUACACAUAAUUUCUUGCACGAAUAUAUGCCUGUGAACCUAGAGUAAAGCCACCUCUAUCAGUAGGCAGAGUGAAUCUAUUUUAAACAGAAGAUGGGUGGGAUGAAAGAAAGUAAAUUGUUAGUUAUUUAUGGGGGGGGGGUCCUUUGUUUUUUCUGUUCUGUAUUUUUACUGCCAGGAUGGAAAGAUUACUUCUGUGAUUUUUCUGCCUCAUGUGUCAGAGGACCUACCCUGCCAUGAUUAAGUAUCCAUUUGUUGCUCUGCUUCAGGCAAGGAACAACUUGGACUAGCUCUGAUUUUAACCUUUGAUACUAAGAUAAACUGAUUUUUUAAAAAAUGUACUAACCUUCUUGUCUAUAAGAUCUAUUCUAGGAGGCUCCUCACCUGCAGUAGAAGCAGGAGUCUGCUUGCAUGUCCAAUAGUGAGAGAUUCAGUUUAGGAACCUCCCCAUGUGUGCAUUAUGUUUCAAAAUGGAGACAUUGGAUAUUUUCAACAUGCAAUUAAUAUAGCAUUUUCAAUAAUAAAAGCAUAAAUAUUACAUAAAAUUGUCUUAGUUUUUACUUAUAUUGAUCACUCAUAUGAUUAGCUUUGACCAUACUCUGGUUUCAAAGAAAUAAUAAUUUUGAUUGAUUAUAGUUCAUUUUGAUAGGAGACAUGAAAGCCAUUUAGAAAAACAAUAAACUUUGUAUUCUCAGCAUCUAUUCAAAGUUGUGAAACUCAUUUCAGACUGCAUGUUUGUAAAGAAUCAUUGAGAUAUGCCACAACAUCAGCCACUCCAACUGCUAAACAUUGUUUAUUUUAAAGCCUAUCAUUAUUUCUGGUCUUCUCAAAUGCUUUUUUACAGCCAUCUGGUCUUCUCAAAUGCUUUCUGCAUGAUCUUUUAUAUGCUGGCGAGUCUGGAGUCAAAGAGUGGUCAUUCAGUCAUUAAUUGUUCAUUCUAACCUAGUUAAUAUCUAACUGUACAGAAUGUCAGUUAAAGAUCCUUCUGUCUCAAAUUGGUUAUCUGCUAAGUGUACUGAUUGAAGGCUUCCAAUGCUUAAUUAACUAACAAACAGCCUUUCUCCUUUCCUUUCUAGAAGAAGCAGAAGUUUCUAAUUUUUCUUGCUCCACAAUAAAAGCAGUCUGUGUAUUUGUCCUCAUGAAUUUGUAUAAAUAUAUCUGCUUGUUUUUG